ACACUGAGCCUGGUUGGCGCGUCCAUUGACGAUCUUCAGGCCGCCCUAUCCUCAGGUAGCUUGACGAGCGUCGAGCUGGUUGCGCUAUACCUCCGACGCGUCGCUCACUACGACUGUCACGGCCUGGCUCUUAACUCAAUUCCGAUUCUCAACCAAUAUGUUUUUGACGAAGCCGCAGCGUCCGACGAUCGUCGAGCGAAUGGACAGCCCAUUGGUCGCCUUGAAGGUAUCCCAUACACCGUCAAGGAUAGCUACAAGGUCAAAGGCAUGACGGUCGCCAGCGGAUCCCCAGCAUUCAAGAACCUCAUCGCCAACGAGGAUGCCUUUACUGUCUCUGCUAUUAGAGCCGAGGGGGGUGUCCUCAUGGGCCGUACGAACAUGCCGCCGAUGGCGUAUGGUGGAAUGCAGCGAGGCAUCUAUGGACGUGCCGAGAGCCCAUACAAUCCCGCAUGCUUGGCCGCUGCCUGGGCAUCUGGUUCCUCCAACGGAUCUGCAGUUUCGACGGCAGCUUCCAUGGCAGCCUUUGGAAUGGCCGAAGAGACAGUUUCUUCUGGUCGAUCUCCUGCGUCGAACAAUGCUCUCGUCGCGUACACGCCCUCAAGAGGGUGGCUUUCUAUACGUGGCAACUGGCCCCUCUACCCGACUUGCGACGUAGUGGUGCCACAUACUAGAACAAUGAAUGACUUGCUCAGGCUCCUCGAGGUCAUCACAGCAAAGGACCCCUCAACUGGAGGCGAUUUCUGGAGACAUCAGCCGUUCAUCAAACCGGCUGAGCCAUGGGGACCGCUUGGUCCAACUGCAGAGCUGUUUCACAGCAUUUCAGAGGCCGUCUCACUGAAAGGUCGACGCAUCGCGGUCCCAGGUAUGUACAUUGGCGGGCCUGCACCGCAUGGCGCUACAGAUGUCUUCACGAGUGACGACGUCACGCAACUCUGGAAGCAUGCGCGAACGGAGUUGGAGGCCCUGGGCGCCGAGAUUGUCGUGGUUCCCGACUUCCCUGCUGUCACAGGAUAUGAGAACCCAUCUUCACUUCCAGAGGGGUCUGCACGCCUGCCAGAUGACUGGAACUGGUACGAGAGGGGUCCCAUGGUCGCUCAUGGAUGGGAGGGCUUCCUACGCGAUAACGCAGACCCCGGCCUGUCCAGUCUGUCUUGUGUUGACGAAUUCAGCAUCUUCCCGGAUUCCAUGCGAGCGCCAGUCGAGUUGAAGCAUGUUCCGGCAUCAAACUCGAUUCAUUGGGGAAAGCUCUACAAGUAUACCUGUGAGACGUCUAUAUUUGAGACCAAAAAUCUGGAGACUGCUGUCAAUGCACUCGAAGCCAUGCGCAAACAACUUGUGGAUGAUUAUCUUGACAAGUAUAAGUGCGACCUCUUCGUCUUCCCGUGCCAGGGUGAUGUGGCAGCGGCGGACUCGGAUAUCGACCCAGACGCGGCUGCUCAUGCAUGGAAGAACGGAGUCUGGUACAGCCAUGGAAAUAGAGCCCUUCGCCACCUGGGCAUCCCAUCUGUGACGGUGCCGAUGGGCAUCAUGACCAAGAAACAGAUGCCUGUUGGUCUUACUUUUGCAGGCAGGGCAUAUGACGACGCGGAUCUACUUAGAUGGGCCAAUGCUUUCGAGAAGCAUACUCGGCUGCGCAUCGAGCCUCCCCACACGCCAGCUCUGGACUCGGAUGUGAUCCAGCUGAAGGCCACGCCUGCAAGUCUGAGCAGACAAGUAAGACCGCGUCUCAGCGUAGAAAAAUGUGAGGUUUCUCCUCAAGGAACGGACACCCUCUUGAUCAAGAUUCGGGGAACGCUGGAGGUUGGUGAAGAUGUCCAAGGCGCAGUCAGUCCCGUGAUAGAAGUCACGGUAAAUGGCCAA